AGGCUGUAGAACAGGAAGUACGACUUGAAACGUGGUUACAGUGCGGAGUUUAAUCUGAGUUAAGGUGUCAGGUAAUGUGAAGAAUUUUUAAUCAAACCAACACCAGUCUCUGACAUGAAAUAGCAUGAGACGCUCUGGGAAACAGGAGGAGGAACCUGCAAGUUAUGAAAGGCUUGUUUUGAAGAAUGCAUCAGUGUACCAUUAUCUGAGGAUCUCCCUAGUAUUCCAAGACAGUGACAAAAGACUCAGUGAGGCCCAGUUCAAGCAGCUGAUCAUUUCAGCCCUCAGAGACCUGUAUGGAGAGAUUGGAGCCGCCUUUCCUUUCGAUGUUCUAAAAUUUGAGGAGAACACGCUGAAAGCGAUAAUACGAGUGUUGAGCAGUGGCCUUGUGAAACUGUGGAGUGCUCUGACAUUACUAGGAUCCUAUCAAAAUGAACCAUGUGCCUUUAGGAUUAUUCAGGUGUCGCCACUCCUGUUAGCUUUGUCUGGAAACAGCAGAGAUUUCGAACUGGACUGAAGUGCUCUUGCCGCUUGAGAUAAACGGGAAUACAUCAAAAUGACCUUUGUUUGGAGGGGAAGCAUCUUGUCCAGACACUUUAAGCAUGUCGCCCUUGCUGUUGGCCCCACUGUGACCAUGGGAACGAAGGAUCCUCUGCAGACUUCUGUCCAUCCCAGAUUGAUCCAUGUUGGAUCACGAGCCACACUUACAAAGGCAUUCACUGCUAGGGAUGUGGCUCUGUUUGCCGAGUUAACAGGAGACAUCAACCCCCUCCACCUGGAUGUUGACUUCGCUAAAAACACUCCUUUUCAAAGGCCGGUUGUCCAUGGAGUUCUGAUUAAUGGGCUUAUAUCAGCAGUUUUGGGGACUAAGAUGCCUGGCAGCGGGUGUAUAUUCCUUUCUCAGGAAAUUCGCUUUCCCGCGCCUUUGUACAUCGGAGAAGAGGUUUUAGCAGAGGCCGAGGUGAAAAGGCUCAAGAAGUCCUUUGCCUGGAUUUCCGUUUCCUGCUCGGUAAAAGGCAAAGUGGUCAUGGAAGGGGAAGUCCUGGUCAGGGUGCCAGAGGUCGCAUUUCAGAGCCCACAGUCGGAUAAUAAGUAACUGAGGACAGAAUGUUUUAUUGUUCUGUGCUGAAAGAAAGGUUAGCUGUCUGCAUGAACAUGUAUAGUCCAUAAGCUGGCAGUGCUUACAUAAAAGAAAAACAUGUUUUGGGAGGCUUUGGUUGAGUCACUGACUUUUUUGAGUUCUGCCAUUGCUGGAAGCUAAAUAUGGAAUCAGUUUUUAAAAAUAAGUAGUUAUGAUGAUAAGGUUGUUUUACUUAUUAGAAAGAGGAAAAUACAGUUCCUUAAAAAUGACUAGCUCAGAGUGCCCUUUAAAUUGGUGGAUAUAAAUAACACUUCCCUGAAAAUUUUGUAAUUUAUAUUUUUUUGGUGGUUUCUCUCAACAUUAACUGUUACUGGAGGUUUCUGGUCUCACAAAGAAUAAACUGGCAAACAGGAUUUCUUGGGUUUGUGGGACUGGAGAAUAAGAGGAUUGAUCUCCAUGACUGCAGUUAGGCAGGUGAGCUACCUUGCUCAAAUGUUACAUACCUUGUGGUUUCCACCUGCUGCAUUGCUGAAACACCAUCAUUGGCACAAUCCUGACAGGAGCUCUUGGCUUUUCCCCUCUCCCUCUUAAUGCUAGGAAUCUUGUAUAAUAAGACAAGGACAUGAGUAAAUGUCCUGCCAGCACCUGAAUAAAAAGCAUCUCUGUCCCAAAAUGUCCUAGGAAGUACAGUACUUCAGGCACGUAUUCCUCAGCUGACCGCAUUUUUAAAAAAGACAAAAAGCCAUAAAAAAUGUUUGCUCAUUUCUAUCCAAUGUACAUGAAAAUAAACUCUUUAACAUGGCUUUGUGGAUG